AUGGUGAAACAUCUAAACCCCUCCAAGUUGCGUAAAGGCACAAAGCAUAAUAUCAACGUGCAAACCUUCAGUGGAGCCAAUGUUGCUGAUAUGCGUUAUUAUGUGAAACCAGCAAUAUCAAAAUCCCCUGACUAUCUGCUCCUACAUGUUGGAACUAAUGACUUAAAGCGACAAACCCCUCAACAAAUAGCUGGGUCAAUUUCUACGCUUUGCCAGGAAAUCGUAAAGGAAUCACCAAAUACUAAGAUUGUAUUAUCGAAAGUUAUAACCAGAUCUGAUGACUCAAGCCUAGAUUCCAAAAUCAAAGAACUAAAUUGCAAACUAUCACAGGUAUGCCAUAAUAAUAAAUGGGGUGUAUUAAAUCAUACCAAUAUUACAGCAGAUCACUUGAAUCCUUAUGGUCUCCACUUAAAUAAGCAAGGAACAGCAAAGUUGGCCAAGAAUAUUAUAGAUCAUUUCAAAAACUUAAAUUGACAAACGAACAAUCAAAAUAAUAUUACUCCCUCAGAUGAUAGUAAUAUACAGAGGUUUAAUGCCAUCGAAAACGAUAAUGCCAAUAAUGCUAAUAGCCCUCUGGGUAAUGAUGUAAAUAGACAACAGUCACACGCUAGCGGCUCUCUUUUUCCUAAACUUAAAGGUUUUAAAGUAUGUCAUCUAAAUAUAGCAAGUUUGAUAAAACGCUAUGAUGAGCUUUUGCUAUAUAUGCAAAACAAACUUUUUGACAUUAUAACGCUUAACGAAACUAGAUUAGAUAGUAGCGUACUAAACGGUGAAAUUGAAAUUCCUGGUUAUGAUAUUGUUAGGCGUGAUCGAAACAAAAGCGGAGGAGGUGUUGCAAUGUAUAUUAGAAGCAACAUACCAUACACCAUUCGCAAAGACCUCUUCCCUGAUAAUUUAGAGUUGAUUUGCGUAGAAAUUAAAAAAAUUAAAAGUAAACCUCAGUUAAUUACAACAUGGUACAGACCACCAAAUUCCAGCGUUGAGCUGUUUAGCGAAUUUGAAAUUUUUUUAAAACUACUUGAGGACGAAAAUAAAGAAAUUAUCAUAACCGGAGAUCUCAAUUGUAACAUUCUUGAGCAGAACAAAAGUUUGCCUACUUCUAAACUAAUUGACCUGAUUGACAUUUAUCAAUUACAGCAACACAUACAGUGUCCCACGAGAAUUACUAAUACAACAGCAUCACUACUGGAUGUUAUCCUCACUUAUUAUGGUGAUGAUAAAAUAUUAGAUACAGGAGUAAUACACCUUGGUAUCAGUGAUCAUAGUCUUGUUUAUCUGUGUCGAAAGCUCAGCAUUCCUAAGGCGCCACCAAAAACUGUCUUUACUAGACAUUAUAAAAAUUAUAAUGUUAACCAGUUUAACAACGAUCUAAGUGAGGUUUUUAGUUUGCCCUUGGAUUCAGCUAUUUUAACUGACCCAAAUGCCUUAUGGAACGAUUUUAAAAAUAAGUUUUUGAGCGUCGCAGAUAAACAUGCACCAAUCAGACAAAGUCGUGUCAAGAGUGAAUAUAAACCGUGGCUGACAAAUGAAAUUAAGCAAAUGAGCUAUCGUAGGGAUUACCUUAAAAAGCAAUCGAUUAAAUUAAGAUCUGCGUAUUAUGAUAAGGCUUACAAGAGAUGUAAAAACAAGUUAAAUAAUCUCAUAAAAGAAACUAAACAAGAAUACUUUAGAGAUAAACUAAGCAAUGCUAAAAAUAGCAAAGAAAGUUGGCGAACUAUUAACGAAUUAUUAAACAAAAAGCCUAAAACUUCAGAGGUUAAAGAACUAGAUAUAAAUGGCCAACUUAUUACUGACGAUGAUAAAAUUUAGAAGUUAAACGAAACUUACCUGGAAGUUGAAGUUUGACUGGAAUUCUAUCCCAUAAGAUUAGUAACCAAGGACUGACAAGAAGAACGAACGCAGGCUCACCGGGAGUGACAUCACAUCAUUAUUUGAAAGCAACGCACAGUGACCAAGCAUAAACAGAACCAACAAGCAAUAUCAUCAGACUGACAACCCAGUAG